GAUCACUCAUCUCGUGAAACUCGAUUCAAAACAUCUUCAAAAAUCCAAAAACACAGGAGGGACUUGCGCAAACCCGAUCAUUACAUAAUUCUUCAUGAACAUCAGAGUCAGUUGUGAGUUGUCUAAUUUUCAUCAUAAGAACUAGCUACGUGGAGGAAGAUAGUUUUCUGAUCUACUUCCUAUGAUCUUCUAGAAGAAGUUAGCUACUUCUACUACUCCAGCAGGUACUAGUGAUAGUUAGUACCAAGAACUAAGGGUUUUACUUGGGUUAAGGUCGUUAUCGUUAAGCGUCAGAAUUUUUAUAAGAGGACACUCUUCAUCAAGAACUGAAGCUUGUUCUUGGAAGAGUUACAGGAGAGCACCUACUACAUUGCUUCUUCAAUUCCAAGAACUCCUAGAUUUUCUACACGACGCAGCGAGCACAAUGAGCGGUACAACUACAGCAGUGGGAGUGCCAGGAGGUGCAAUCCUAGCACAAGCGGAGGAGAUGCAACAGGGUCUGAUGGAAGAGGCACUGGGCAACCUACUGGAAUCUAACCAGAAUGCUCGUCGUAUCUCGCAGGCGUUGCCGGCGCAACUCUCGACAGCGGAGAAAAUGUUCCGCUGCUUGGAUGUGGAUCAAAAUGGGUAGGAUUCUAAUUCUAAAUUCUCCUUACACAAAGUCGUACUACUACAUUAGUUAUAGAUCGUAGUCGUACUACUACAUUACCUUUACCACAAAAGUAGUAGGAACAUCAAUAUCUUCAAAUAAGAACCAAGAUCAAUAUCAAAGAAAAGAACCAAAAACAAUCACACAACCAAUCGGCAUCAACAGUCUCUUGGGUCGUGACGAAAUGCGAGUGUUUGCUAUUCAGACUGGGUUCGAAGAGGACGAUCCGGAAGGUCCAGAUUGGGAUACGGCAUAUUUGCAACUCUGCGCUUCUUUUGGUGUAGAUCCAGAAUUGGGAUUGGAAAUGGAGGUAUUUUUUUCGUUUAUUUAGAAAUGGUGCCAGCAUUAUAUUAAGUAGCAACGCGCACGUUCGAUCUUGUUCUUGCAUGACGACGACCUUGAUGUUUCUACUUGAAAGUUGUUCUAGUCGCGCUCAAAAUAAUCCCUCUUUCUUUUUCUUUACACGACCACAACACUAAAUCAGAUUUUCGACCAAUUGUGCGAGCAAUAUUUGCAAGAGGAAUGCUAUAGGGAAAGCAUAGAUCAGUUCGUCUGCAACAACUACUUCGAGCCGGUGACGCGUCGAAAGACUCCUGGUAACAGUAACAAGUCGCGUGCGGGAUCUCGUCAUUCCAGUGUUGCUUCCGCACGACGAAUGAGCGGACAAUGGAGUGUGGUAAAACAACUCUUAAGGUUUUUCGACACUUUGCUUUACUCAUUACUCAAAAAAAUACACAUACUAACUCAGUCCAAUUCUAUCCCCAACCCAUGAACAUCACCAAGCACCAACCACCUCCACCACAGGCCGGCUCCCGUCGUAAUUCCGUUUGCAGUCAGCGCAGUCGCAGGGAUUCUGUUGGCAGUUUGGUUUCGUGUGCGGAAGGACUGUUGCCUCCAACUUCUCGACGAUCCUCGUACGUCAAAGGUGCUGGUCCUGGCAGCUCUCGCAGAAACUCGCGUCGCAACAGCGGCUACAACAACCUCGUGCGGCAUUACGAUGAAACCCCUGAUGGCGACCGCGACUGGCGCUCUCGCGCAGGAAGUCGAACCAGCGUCUGCAGUAAUUUUGGAGCUGGUCUACCGCAAAUGGAAGGUGGACAAGAUUCCUCGAUCGUGACCCCAGACAAGCGUACCUCGCAGCGUAAUUCCGACACCGGUGAACGCAGACUGUCGACUGCCAGUCGUGCGUCUAGGAGAAUCUCUACCAUGUCCAAUAUGUCCUCUUCUGGAGGCAACAAGAACAAGCAGCAGAAGCGCACCAGACAGCGACACGAUCCAGAGUUUGCGGAUAACGUCAACGAGCACAAGGAAGUGCGAAAACUCAAAAAAUACAUGCGUGAAAUCCUGCAGCUGGAAGCGGAAGCUAAGGCAGGAAAAAAGUUGGAAGACAAACAGAAGAUGAAGGUGUUGCGAAAAGAGGGUAUCGCGGUGAAGAUCAAGGAGGAGCAAAACAAGAUCAAGAACAGCGAGAAACGUCGUAGCUUGGUCGCGGCCAGUCGUCGAGCAAGCAAGGCAUUAGCGGGGGAAGAAAUGGAAGGAGUGCCGAGAAGUAGAAGAAGCUCUGCUGCUGGGUACUGCUCUUUACAGUUGUUUGGACCAUUUCAUUUUCGAUGUCAACUGGGUUUUUCGGCAUAAUUUUGCAUGAUCAUUCUACUACUACUCAUCAUCGUCUUUUCUCCAUCAAAUAACGAUCAUUGAUAUCUACUGCAGCUUGCACACUUUUCCCGGCUGCGGUCCCCGCAACUCGCAAUGGGCGACGGAUGCGGAAGAAUUUGUGCCUGGUCAGUUCCAAUUCGGAGGACGCUUUCAGCCACAACAACCUUUGACUCGAGAGGAGCUGCUUGUAGCCCAGUACAAAGAAGCUGAACAGGCGGUCUAUUUCUCGAUGUUGGAGAUGAAUCAAAAAGUUCUCACGGCUUGGCGCAAUGGGGGUUCUUCUGCGGUGCGAGAUUUGCACACUUAUUCUCCGGACAAUCCUUAUGCGACGAUGAACCAGACACGACCGAAGGAUCCCAACCACUGGCGCAGCACCGGAGCGGGUGUGAGUGCGUUCAAAGCGGCAGCAGCAAAAGCGAGAUCAAAUAGUAAUAUGUUGGCACCGUUUUCUUGUGCACAAGGACAAGAAAGUGGAAUUGGUGGUCCGAUGGUAUCUGGCAGUAACGGAAGUACUUACUUCUUUGCUGAACAACAAAAUACCAUGAAUGCCAUGAGCAUGGCGACAACUUCUACUUCCUCUGUACCUUCUCAGAAGACUUCUUCAGCUUUGUUCAAGACGACUAGCAAGACCGCAGUUCCAAUGAACGUUGGUGGUAUGGUUGACGCUAUUAUGGGCGGGUCCACUCCUAAAGUGGCUGAUACUGCUGCCUCCGAGGAUAAGAAAAAGGAAGAGUCAGCUGCAGCAGAGAAGAAGGCUGAUAACGACAAGACGGAGUCAGCUGUCGAGAAGAAGGAAGGCGAGAAAGUCGAGACCAACAACAAAGAUGACAAGAAGAAGCCGUUUCAAUUCAAUGUUGAUGCACCUUCUUUUUUCACACCUCUUUCCAACACGAUGACGUGCUCACCUAUGACCUCUAUGGCAGCUGCUCCAGUUGUGCUGAAUCCAGCAUCUCCAUUGAUGCAAGUUGCCGCGUCUCCGCUGUUGUCUUCUUGCCUGCCACAGACAUUCGGAAACCCCUUCCUGGAGUCCACCUUCGGCACGUGCCAGACGUCGUUUCAUCCGGCAUUUUCCUCGACUGGAGUUCCAUCUGUGGUCGAAGAAUCGGCGACGAAAGCGACAGGAAGUAGAAGUACUCCAGCUUCUAGCAGUACUUCUUCUUCGAUCACCAAGAAGGGUUCUCCUUCUACUGCUGCUGCAGCAAAAGCACCAGUCGCAGUUGCGAAGAAGGAAGAUGAAUCUUCAAGCUCCAGCGACGCUCCCAAGAAGUUGUCUUACGCCGCGACUCUUGGCGCAGCUGGCUCUCCUAAGGCAGCACCUUCAAGUUCACCAGCAGGAAGUAAGGGAAAAUCUUCUUCGAAGGGAUCUGGCAAGACUAAAAAUACCAGCAAGGGAGCAUCUGCUUCAUCAAAUGCAGAAGGUGCUUCUACUUCCAAAAAAGGAUACUCUUCAAAGGGAAAGGGUAAGCGUGGUGGAAAAGGAAAAGAGGGAAAGGAGGGAGCGAAAAAGCCUUCUGAGGGUGGUCCUAAGAAGGAAACUCCUAAGAAGGAAACUGCACCAAAGGCCUAAAGUUCCCAAAGGGGUGAUUUUCAGGCAUGAUUCAGUUUCUGUUUCAAGAUUUAAGUACCUUUUACUUGGAUUAUUUCAUUCUAGAUCUAGAUUCGUAUGAAGAUGUUGUUGGCUAUGACUAUGUUGAGAAAUCAUGAUUAUGAUUUCCUAAUCGAUCUACUUAACGCAUAACAUCAUGCAAGAAGAAGUUAUAGAGUGUCUUCAUCGCGAUGUCGAACUCUACAACUAGCUAUGUUGAGAACUAUUUAUUUUUUACUUUUGCAUCAUGAAGAUCGAUUUUUCGCUAUUCACAUGUUGUCAUACAAAGAAACUACUUCUCGGUCGUCUAGUAAGAAGUAGAUGUCGUAAGGAUCCUUUUAACAACAUUGCAACUAGCUUAUGAUGAGAAUCUACCUCAUUCUCAUCAUGAUCAUGAUUUGAACGUCAGAACUUUAUUUUCGCACUAACUUUUCCCGCCGCAGUCAGACCAAUAUGAUUAGCUAAGUCUGCAUGAGGAAUGCGCAAGAGCUGACUAAUUUUUUUGGUCAUACUUUUCAGACUCAGAUUGUUUUACCAGGCUUCUCCGCUCGUCAUCUCUGCUAUAUUACGUAAUAUAGCCCCCCAACCAAAAAUGCGAGCAUGAAUCUACUUAUGCAACGAUAUUCAUAUUACUAGGGUAGAUAUUUUUAUAAGAAGUUCAAUUAGUCCAUGUUUCGUUUUAUCUCAUUUAGAUGAGAGUUUAACUACUUCCAAUCCCGCGCCUAACGAAAUACUAGAUGUUUUUUGGCCUACUCUCUCUCUCAGAACAAGGGACGAUUGGCGUUUCCUAGAAGAUCAAACAGCGCGUCCACCAUGGACGUGAUCUGUAUUUGCAACUUGUUAUACCACGAGGAUUUUUAGAUUGUUGUAAUGAUUUGAGAUUGUACUUGAUCAAGAGAAGGAGUAUCAGGUGUAUUUUCAGCUAAAUGUCAUUGUCAAGUACUAGGACUUUCUACAGAAGUUGUAGAAGCUCUCAACAGUUGUACUACGGACAACUAGAACUAUAAUUUGCAUUCAUGAUGAUCGUGCAUGUCGUUGAAGAAACGAGGUGGAAAAAUCUCCCAUCUUUAUGCACCAGGACGAGAGGACAAAUGAAUUUGAGAAAAGGACCUCAUGAUGAGAUGAACAAGAACGAGAUGAAGAACUACGUCGUAGUGCAGGUGAUAAACAUAAGUAUCACUCAAGCAGGACCGCGUGGACAAAAUAACGUACCAUGAUGUACGAGAAUCAUCAUCAGGUUACUUUUUUUAGAUGUUGUUAGAGGUAGCUGCAAUGCAUCUACAACUGUCUUUAAUCAAAAAUGAAUGUCGCGUAG